AUGCUCGAUCGCAUCGCCUCCAAAUCAAGAUCUGUCCACUGUCCACUGUCCGACCGCUGGAGGAGUGCGUCUCGUGGUCGUGGCAGUAUAAAAGUAACGCAACGCACGCAAUCCACUUACAGUCGCUAUUCUCCCGCCAAGCCAAGUGAUUCGAGAUCCGACGAUCCAAAAGCUGCCAUGAAACUGCUGAUCCUCACCACUCUGCUGGCUGUGGCCCAAGCCGCUCCUGGUCUCCUGGACUAUGGCCUGGGGCACACGGCGCCAGCCAUCAGCUAUGGCCAUGCUCCUGCCAUCACCUAUGCGGCUGCUGCUCCCGUCAUCAAGUCCUAUGCCGCUCCAGCCAUCAGCUAUGCCCAUGCCGCUCCAGCCAUCAGCUAUGCUGCGCCUGCUCCAGUGAUCAAGUCCUAUGCCGCUCCAGCCAUCAGCUAUGCCCAUGCGGCUCCUGCCAUUAGCUAUGCUGCUCCCACGGUGGUCAAGUCAUAUGCGGCGCCUGUGGCGGUGGCUGCUCCAGUGGUCAAGGCAGUGGCAGCUCCGGCCACCAGCUACUCCCAUUUUAGCUCGGUUGUCUCCCAUGCCACGCCCAUCAUCAAGUCCUAUGCUGCACCCAUUGCCGUCAAGUCAUACGCCGCUCCGGCCAUCAGCUAUGCUGCUCCUGCGCUGGUCAAGUCCUAUGCCGCUCCAGCUAUUAGCUAUGCCGCUCCCGCGGUGGUCAAGUCCUAUGCUGCUCCGGCCAUCAGCUAUGCAGCUCCCUCCCUGAGCUACCAUGGCUACGAUGACCACGGCUAUGGCUAUCACUAA